AUUUGAUCCAAUUCCUCCCUUGUGUUGUUCCUCACCAACGAGCAUGCAAUUUACCUGUUCUGUGAUUUUUCCUGCGACCGCUCUCUGCGCCGCUGCUGCAUUAUUCUAACUUCUAUAACCCACUUGCCCUCACCAAUAACCCUUUGAAAGCCCCGCUUGGCCAGGAAAAAGAAAAGAGGCUAAAGAAGCAUAAAACCUGAUUUGACUGCGCUGGCUAGUGUGACGCCAUUGAACAUUCUACUGUUUUUACUGUCGUCUUCAAUUUGAUGCGCUUUUAAGUUCGUGGUGAACUGCUGAGACAUCCCUCUACAGACCCCAGCGACAGGCCAGCCAUGGCGAUGGAAAAGCAGGAUAAUGUGGUUGCUGGCCAGCACCCGGCACCCAUGAAAUUUUCCCGUUACCGCUCGGUGAGAAAAGCCGCUGCGAAACAGCCUCCGGAGGCCAGCCCCCUACCCCCGCCAGUUUCGAUCCCACCAGUCGCAUCCGCGUCGCCGUCGCGGGCCAAUACAAACUACGGCAAUGGCUCCGGCAAUAUCCAGAGGAGCAUGUCGCGAUACCGUCGCAGGCCACCCCCUGCGUAUUCAGAGGUCGAUCCGAAGCCCCCAGUCCCAGCCCCCGUUUCGGGGUAUAAAUCGCCAGUGGAUGACGGUGACUCUGUCCACCCACACUUUCAAGACUCAGAGGGUGCGGAGAUGGUGCGCAUGCGAAACAAGUUGGCGGUCCGACUAGCGUCGCGCGAGAGACGGCCCCAUGGGAACGACAAGGACGAGGAGGCUGUGCGCGAAAAACACAGGCAGAAUGCGAUGGAUCGCUUGACCGGCGGCGAAGUCAAGGCGUCAGUACUUGCAGGCCAUCCGAGAUCGGCGACCCGAGAACGGUCGGCCGACAAGGCAGAAGAUCAUUCCAAUCGUCGUCCGCGGAAGGACGCCGAGUAUCACGGAGCUCCCAUCAGUCGUCGCGCGAGCAAUGAACCAAGGCGCCAGUCACUCACUGACGCGGCCAAAUCGCUACCCAAGGGACACACGCACGGCGAUUCACCGCUGGUUACUGCCAUCGACACCAACGUGCCCGCCCAAUUCCCUGGGAUCGAUGCCCCAGUCUCUGCGGUCAAUGCGCGCGAGCGACGGGUCCUCGUCCAAUACCGAAAAACGUCUAUAAGUAUCUGUGUCACGCCCUCGACGUCCGCUCAAGACAUUGUGUCGGCCGCCUUGGAGCAAAUGGCAGCAGGGGUGGACCCGGAAAAGUUCAUCCUGAUGGAGUCGUUCGCCGAGCUAGGACUGGAGCGACCAUUGCGCCGCUACGAAUACGUACGAGAUGUGAUGAACUCGUGGACCCAUGACGAACAAAAUACAUUGAUUGUCGUCCCGGCAGCCAGUCUCGAUGCGCUGACCCUGCUCGACGGGCAGAAUGUUUCCCUCGGACCACCCGCAGAUGUAACCUUUCAUAUGUACUACUCGCAGCGGCCUCGCAAGUGGGAUAAACGCUAUGUCACCCUGCGGUCGGACGGCCAAGUGACUGUCUCGAAGAAAGAAAAUGCCCAAGAGUCGACCAACACGUGCCACCUUUCCGAUUUCGACAUCUACUCUCCUACAGCCAGCUAUCUCGCGAAUAAUGUGAAGCCACCCAAGAAAUUCUGCCAGGCCGUCAAGAGCCAGCAGAAAUCCAACAUGUUCCUCACCACCGAGAACUUUGUGCACUUUUUCUCCACCAGCGACCGAGACAUCGCCGACGGGUGGUACCGGGCCGUCCAGACUUGGCGCAGCUGGUACCUCGUCACCCGCUUGGGCGCCGGCCAGACACCUGAGGCAGACACGGCGCACGCCGAGGACUCUCCCGCUGCGAAAAGCCCCCCGAAGCCCUUGCUGAACCCAUUCGAGGAACCAGCCAACGAGAUCAAGCCGCCGCUGCCCGCCCUCGAACGCAGCAGGUCUAUGAAGACCAAAGAACUCUUCUCACACAAAAAGAGCACACGCGAGCGCGGGCCUCCGCCUACCUCAUUUCCCAAGUUGCUCACCGGCGAAUCCGACCUAGCUGCGGGCUCAUCUUCAGACGAGGCCCCAUUCUCCGCAUCUGGCCUGCUCGGACGAACCUACACUAUGCGCCAGCGUGCCAUGAAAGAACGGGAAGAGCAAGAGAAGCUCGAGAAUGAAGAACUUCUCAAGCAAGGUCUCAUUGGCGCCAUGGGCUCGCGCCGCCCCAGCCGCACCAACACCAUGACCUCCACCCAAGGCCCGGAUCCGAACCUCAUCCGACGGACUCAGUCCAUGCGAACUAAACCCCUAGUCGACCUCACCCCUGUCUACCAAGAACCCCCACAGCACAUCCGCAAAGGCCGCGGCGUGGCCGUCGAACCCGGCUUGCCCCUAAUUGACGCAGCGACGGGCAUCGAUGCGCCAGGCGGAAUUCAAAUCCCGUCUGCAACUACCUGGAGAAGACCGCAGGUGCCGCCUGAGCCGGCCGCCCCAGAGGUCCGCACUCGGAACCGAUCCAACACAGCCCGCAGCAUCAACAAUCAGCAGCGGCACCACCACACGGCUCCCACCAGUCCCACGGACAUUGAAGACAUUCGCACCCAGGACGGCCCGUUCAUCCCUAAUAGUCUAUUGGCGCGAGCAGUGCCGAUCGCAGCGCCACAGGGACCUCCAGUGGGCCACGGGGUUGCAACCGGAGAUCGCAACGCAUCGAAACCGAUGCUAGACAUGUCACCAGAGAAUCCAUUCGCGGAGGGCAGUCUACUCAGGGGGUUGUAGACAGACCAGCUGAUCAUGAUUACGAUACCAUUGGACUUCAGCAGGGCGUUGUUUGUCGUAGUACACCGUAUUGUUUGUUGUUUGGAUGUUUGAUUAGCUUCCUUUUCCUAAGUCACACUGCUUACUUUCUUUGUUUGACUCAGCCACAUGGAGAUUUUCUAGUGGACUAUUUUCUUAGCGCGUGAUUCCCAACAGUCGAAGAUACCUUGGCAGAUUUCAUCAUACUUUUGGUUUAUUCUACUCCGUUAUACAGUACACGACGCAUAACAUUCACGUAACCGAACUACCCCCCCAUAGCAUACCUUCCACAUCACUGGUCAAGGCACAGGUACAAACCAAACCAAACCCUCUCUACCCAUCCACACCCAUACCCACAUCCCCAAUCCUACUGCCCGGGAAAUGAUCAACACCAGAAUUAGUUGACUCCCCAAUAACCUUCAC